CUUGGGCAUCUAUAUACUUCUUUAAAGAUAAUUAUAUUUCUGUAAGUCCAAAUUGCCCAUAUAAUUGAAAUCCAUCCUCAUAUUAGGCCGAAUCUGAUCCAUAAUUAAUUAUUUAAAUGCCUUGAACCAAAUUUUUGUCCUAAUUAUUAAACCACAUUUUUUACAGCAACCGAUUCAUCGAGUCUGAUACAAAAACAUCACUUAAAUUUCCUUGAAGUCCUUUUCUGAUAAAAAUCAUCAUACCAUGUGAGCAGAUUUCAAGGCAUAUCAUAAGGAUCAUUUAGUCUAACAUGUCCCAGAGUUCUUGUCCCUUUCUGGUUUUUUCCUGAUAUGUAACUUCAAUUGCAGGGUAACCAAUCCAAUUGGAUUUAUCUAAUACCAGUGUUUAUUCGGUAGCACGUCCCAUUAACGAUGACUUUAACUUAAAGUGUAACACUCAUUAAGCACUAUCUCUAGGCUCAUAAAUAAACAAAUCGUUGAAAGUUACCUGGUGGAGACAUUUCUUAUGUGUACCACAUGCAUAGUACUCCCAAAAAGACGUCAUAUGUCAUACACUGACUUCUUUACCUGAUGUAAAAUUCCUACUGCAUACAAAAAAUUCCCAAUCAAAUCAAAUAAACAUUUGAAUCCUAAAUUGAAUACUAUUGCCAUUAGUUAAAAUGUCUUGAGGCCAUUUUAUGUUUGUCUUUACCUUAAAGAACAGAGAACUCUUUAGGGCUCCCAGUACGCUGCUGGGCCACUAUCAAUGAAGCAGGUCAAUUCCAACAUUAAAUCUAGAGAAUUGAUAGUGUCUUAUAUAUGUCUUUGCUGUGUUCCUAUCUAACACAAUGAUGCAUAAAUUUUCACAUGGGUGUGUUCUACCAUGAAGAGCCACCAAACCAACCCAAGAUAUGCAAAUACAUUGUUGCAACUCUUAAGGAAGUAUUUUCCAGUUGCCAAACUUUGGGGACACGGCUUUCAACUUCGAGUUUUGAGGAUGAGUACCCAGUGGCCGAUUUUGACGAAGAACAAGAAGUGUUUAUCUCAGCAGUGAUAAGCCGCACAAUGGAGAAACAGAAGCAGAAGCAGAAGGCAAGCGUGUUGAGACACAGCUUUUCCUGGGUAUACUCUCCUGCAACGAAAGAACUUUUCGUAGUGACAUCGCAGAAAAAAGUGGAGAAUGGUUAUAAAGAAAACGACGAAAGAGAAGAGUUUUUGUCUGUCAAAAGUUGUUUCUCACGCUGUUCGAGUUCUCCCAGUGGGUCAGUAUUCUAUUCUGUGAAGACAAACCUUUCAAGAUGUUCAAGCUUCAACGAUCUUCAGCAGCAGUCCAAGCAUUGGAGACGUUCAGUGAUUGAGGAGUUUUGUCACUGCGAGGGAUGGCCCUUUGGUCUGUGCCGCAGAGCCGUGUUGCUUCCACCACUGCCCAAGUCACCUUCUGAGUCAUGGUUAUCGCGUAAGAUGAAACCAAGUACUAAGAAACCAUGAAUUUCUUCACCUCAAUCUUACGUUAACAAUGUCGGAAUGCCGAAGCAAAAGCUUCUUCUAUGGUUUUUAUUAAAAAAAAAAAAACACUUAAUAUAUAUUUUCUUUCCAUAUAUAACUCAUGUUAGUAUUAUCAGUUUUCUGAGCAUG